UCAUGUGACAGAGGUAGGUCAGACAGAGCGGAGAGUCAGAGGGUUUAUUUAACUCGUCGCUCCAUACUCCCCCACUUUCCCGACGCGCCACUAAGAGAAGGUGGACUUCCUCCUGCGGCGGGACCACAGCGUGGAAUUUACAUGGGCUUAACCUGAACGCAUCUUAGCGCUUAUAAUAAGAGCUGUCCUAAAAAUGACACAUUCUUAAACGUUUUUUAAUAACAUUUUCAAAGCGCUUUAGAGUACUCCACUCCGCUCGUAAAUAAAUGCGUGUUUAUGUGUGGCUGAAUUUGUGAUAUAUUCUUAUAUAUUUGGACCCGAACAAAGAAUGGAGCGAAUUCCAAGCGCACAACCGCCUGCUCUCUCCAAACACCAGCCGGAUCUGUCAGACGUGCAGGGGAUGGAUUUCCAAAUGUAUGUUUAUAAACCUAGAAGAGGGAUAAAAAGGGGAGAAGAGAGCAAGGACACCUACAAGCUGCCCCACAGACUCAUCGAGAAGAAAAGGCGCGAUCGGAUAAACGAAUGCAUCGCUCAGCUGAAAGAUUUAUUACCAGAACACCUAAAGCUCACCACUCUGGGCCAUCUGGAGAAGGCUGUGGUUUUAGAGCUAACGCUCAAACAUGUAAAAGCCCUCACCUCUCUUCUGGAGCAGCAGCAGCAGAAGAUCCUUGCUCUGCAGAGUGGCAUGCAAAUUGAGCCCCCAGUUAGCCAGGAGAAGUCAGAGGAAACGUUUCGGUCUGGUUUCCACAUGUGUGCCAAGGAGAUUCUCCAGUAUCUAGCCAAUCAUGAGACAGAUGGAGUCUUGACUCCAACUCAUCUGAUGAGCCACCUUCACAAACUGGGUGCUGAAGUAUUGCAGGGUCCGGCCAGACCCCGCACCCCUCUCACUCCACAACCCAAAGAGGUUCCAGGCUAUCACCAGCGCCAGGCUCACAAGGAGGUGCCCACCGCCUCACCCCCUAAACCCGCUGAGGGUUAUGGGAGGAACUGCGUGCCCGUUAUCCAGCGGGCGUAUGCUCCAGCAAGCAGUGAGCAGAGUGGCAGUGACACAGACACAGACAGUGGCUACGGGGGGGAGCUGGAGAAGGUUGAAGUGGGGGCACUGCAGGGACGUGGCGAUUAUUACGGCCAUGACAGUCAGCAGAAGCGACCACUGGGCGACAGGCAGAACUCUAGCAUCAAGCAGGAGGACGACGAGCCACGCCACAAGCGACCACGCGUGGAGUCUUCUGAGGACGAGGUGCUGUCAAGUGGAGAGUCAUCGAUUUCAUCAUCCUCCAGUGGUUAUGGUAGUUACAUGAGCACGUCCCCCAGCCACCCACCUCCCCCACCCCACCCUCUCUGUAUGCCGUUCUACCUCAUCCCCCCCUCAGCUGCAGCUUAUCUGCCAGUGCUGGAGAAAUGCUGGUAUCCCGGAGCUGUGCCUAUGCUCUACCCUGGCAUGGGAGGCUCCUCACCCACCAUGUCCAGCGAGAGGCCACCCCCACCUCAGCUUGUGUUGUCUCCCAGGGGAGGCUCUCCUGCCCCAGCCCUAUCUCAGACCCCCAUGGACUCCCCUGCUCUCCUUCAGGCACUAAAGCAGGUACCACCCCUCAACCUGGAAACCAAAGAAUGAGAAAUGAAGGAACAGGCGAAGGGACAAUGCCUUUCUAAUUUCUAAUAGCCAAUGACAAUGAGUGGAGAUAUGUUUGAGCUGUUUGUAAUCUAUAAUCAUUCAUCUUCUCUUUUCCUCAUCUGGAAGUCAGACAUUACCCAUACACACUGGGAGGAAUCCAAAAAGUGACUGAAUGUUUAAAACUCAAUAGUUUUCCUCAUUUAAAGAUGUAUUGUCUGAACCUGAACUGCCCUGCACAUAUAUAUACAUUGGUUGAAUGUAAAAGAAGAAGUCUUUAAGAUGCUGCUGUUGAAAUGUAAAAGCCUAUGACAAUUAUCCAUCUCACUCUGUAGCUGUUGUAACAAAGACUUGCCAUGUUGUACUUUAGAGACUUUUUGCACCAAAAUAGUGGUAAUUAAUCACCCAAAGUUUGUUGCCUAUAUCCUUUGUUCACCAUUCUGAUCAUUGAAAUGCCCUUUUAGCUCGAUAUUGAUGAAUUUCAACACCUGGAGGUUCUGAAGUGUGUACAGAAUGGGUCAGGAGACAGCCUUAGUAGAUGAAGGGAUAGGCCACCACAAGGCCAAAAUGAAUGACAUGUCCUGUUUUUGUUUUUGACGAACUGAGAGGGAUUUCUGUAAUUAUUGUUCAUAGACCUCUUGUAUAUUUUCUAUUUUUGAUACCCGUGCUUGCGCUCUGCAUUCUCAGGCAGCCAGAGGGAGUAAAGAGUGUGGACAAUGUGGUGUACUCACAAAGUGUACGUUCUGUAGCACUGUGCCGGACCUGGUCUGCAUACUCAACGUGUUUCCACUCAAGUCAAACCCGGUGUUUGUUCUUGCUGUUGCGUUUUACUUGUGAGAAGCUAAUAAACUGCAGAUGUUUAUUCUCUGUACAAUAUAUUAAAUCUGGAGUCAAAGAUAUGAGGAGGGGGUGAAGUGAAUGUAAGUUUUACCAGAAGACUAGUUUUCUAUAGAAAGUAAGGUACUUAAGGUUUUAUAUUUUGGGACCUAAAGAAAGAUGUUUGAUGUACAUAUUUUGUCUAUAAAUGUUGAUAUAAAUCAUAUAAGUGUAUUAAUAAAGUAUUUUUCCCAUG